CAAUAUAUCCUACAAAUUCAGCUGAGCAGCGAUGUGUGGUGUAACUACGGAGGUAUUUCAGGAGGAGCAGCGGGCUGUCAUUGUCACUAGUGGCUCGGCCUCCGCAGGCUAACAGGUUUUGUCAUUGUGAGUGUGCGUUCCAGUCUGAAUCAUGGAACAGUGUGCAUGUGUGGAGCGGGAGCUGGAGAAAGUGCUCCAUCGCUUUGUAACGUAUGGCCACCAGUCGGAGGAAAGGCUAGACGAACUCCUUCGCAGCGUCUGUGAGAUACGAGGACAGCUAGUUGCUUUUGGAGUACAAGAUGCAGACUUAUCAGUCCUCUCCCAGACUAUGGCCCAGUGUUGUAAGAAUAUCAAAGAAACCGUGCAGAUGUUAGCUUCUCGGCAUAAAGACAUUCAUGGCAGUGUAUCCAAAGUUGGCAAAGCCAUUGACAGAAAUUUUGAUGCAGAGAUCAGUGCUGUGGUGGCAGAAACAGUUUGGGAUACGCCAGAGAGGCAGAAAUAUCUGAGUGAAACCAUUGUGGAGCAUCUCUACAGGCAAGGGAUGCUCAGCGUUGCAGAGGAUCUUUGUCAGGAGUCUGGUGUAGUUAUUGACAUGAGUAUGAAGCAGCCUUUCCUGGAACUAAACAGGAUUCUUGAAGCUCUGAGGAUGCAGGACCUGAGGCCAGCAUUAGAAUGGGCCGUUACAAAUCGCCAGCGCCUUCUGGACCUGAACAGCAGUUUAGAGUUCAAGUUGCAUCGCUUGUACUUCAUAAGUUUGCUCAGUGGAGGAAUUGGUAAUCAAAUGCAGGCCCUGCAAUAUGCAAGGCACUUUCAGCCUUUUGCUUCUCAGCACCAGAGAGAUAUUCAGAUCUUGAUGGGCAGUCUGGUGUAUCUACGUCACGGUAUUGAGAACUCUCCGUAUCGCACUCUUCUUGAGACGAAUCAAUGGGCUGAGAUCUGCAACAUCUUCACCAGGGAUGCCUGUGCUCUGCUGGGCCUCUCUGUAGAGUCUCCACUAAGUGUUAGUUUUGCAUCGGGUUGCAUGGCCUUGCCAGUGCUGAUGAACAUCAAGCAGGUGAUCGAGCAGAGACAGUGCAGUGGAGUCUGGACACACAAAGACGAGCUGCCUAUUGAAAUCGACCUGGGAAAGAAGUGCUGGUACCACUCUGUGUUUGCCUGCCCAAUUCUCCGGCAGCAGACCUCGGAGAGCAAUCCUCCCAUGAAGCUCAUCUGUGGCCACGUCAUCUCCAGAGACGCUCUCAACAAACUCACCAACGCUGGAAAGUUGAAAUGCCCAUACUGCCCCAUGGAGCAGAAUCCAUCACAUGCCAAGCAGAUCUACUUUUGAUACCACAAACUCUCCCACAUUAAGAAUAAAGUUACCUGGAGCUCUGUAUUUCCAGGACUCUCGCUCUGGCCCUUUCCUCUGUCCCUGGCCCACUGGCCUUUUCUUGUAAGCAUUAAGGUUUUAUCCCAGUGCUCCUGUGGACAGCCUUGGACAUCCUGUAACCCACCUCAGACCCUUCAAGUUUGUAUAAUUUACAGGGUCAAGCAGGGAGUCCAACGACAGCCUGUAGUAGAGUGAAGAGUCCAUGAGAACAUCCUCGAGAAAAAGCACCUCUGAAAAGGAUGAUUAAUUCAAACUCAUUUGAAAAUGCCUGCAGAGUUAUAAGCUUAUGGUUUUAAAGUAUGUUAUACUUCUUAGUGUUUGUUUUUCCUGGCUUUAUUGACUGUUUGAUUUGGAUGACUGCUUUUCUUUUUUCUUUUCUUUUUUGACACAAGCAGAAUGAUUAUGAAUGGUUAUAGAGUAAAUGUUAUGAAUAGGCAGAUUCUACUUUCAGGAUGGUAAUAAACUUCUGUUUCACAUGAAAAAACCCCUCAGAGUAGCAAACUGCAUGGAAGGUUUGUUGUUUGCUGGUGAACGGAAAUUAAAGUGUGGAGGUGUAUCUUGAACUGAACUCUUGAUUGUGACCCAUUACUCCUCCAUGUUGUAAUAAAGGCCUCUCAUGGCUCUAAAGUCGCCAUCUGCUGAUGCAUUCGUUUGAUCAGUAGAACAAUGAAGUUAAUCAGCGAGGACACGGCUUUCUCUCUCUGUGACUGACUGCACCAGCAAGAUUUCCCUCAUUGUUUGAAGCUGUUUGUCUGGUUCUAUGUAUGUAUUUAACAAACGUUACAAAAAGCAAACAAAAACAUAUACAACUGUGAAAAA